AUGUUGGACAAAUUGACACAUUUUAAAAAUUUAUUAAGUACCGAUGAGAAACGAUCAUCAGAUAUUAUGGAUUUAUCUAGUAAGAUUUCAUCAAAAACUGAUUCAUGGAAUUUUGACAAUUUGUUCACUUUAAACUUACAUAAUCAAUCUGAUUAUCAUCAUGCAUCAGUGUCAUUUCUACAUAAUCAUCAUGAUCCUACUAACGCAAAUGAAAACAGUCAGCUAUUAUCCUCGUCGUCAGCGAAAUCACUAGCCUACUGUACACCGAAUCCAGUGCCAAAUUUACCAGAGAAUAAUCAAGUUCACUUUUUAGAAUAUCGUGGUGCACAUUUAGCAACAUUCACAGUGAAUGGACGUGAUUUAAUUUGUUUGCCUCAAGCAUUUGAAUUAUUUUUAAAACAUUUAGUCGGUGGACUACAUACAGUUUAUACUAAAUUAAAACGUCUUGAUAUUAUACCAGUUGUGUGCAAUGUUGAACAAGUACGUAUACUAAGAGGCUUAGGUGCAAUACAACCAGGUGUGAACCGUUGUAAAUUGAUUGGACCACAAGAAUUUGACAUCCUAUAUGCUGAUUGUACAAAUUCAAGGCCUGGCCGUCCAUCAAAACGUCUCGCUGCAAUCGAGACACCUGUCCUAUCCUCUGCUCUUAGAUCCCGUCAAUCAACUACCUGUUACAACAAUGAUUCAGGUGAAUCCACUCCAAAACAAUCACGCAACAGUACAAGUGAAGAUGAAAACAGCGGAAAUAACCAGUCACAAUCAGAGCAAACCAUAUGGCCCAACUCUCAAAGCAAUAUUUCAGCUUAUUCGUUAAUGAAUUCAUCCAAAUUUGUUUUACCUCUACUAAUGAAAGAAAAUGUGUUUGGACAUUUGGAAACCGUUUAUUCGUCUUUUAUGAAAUAUGCACUUUCAAAUUAUCAAAACAGAUUAGAACAUGAACAAAAUUCUUGUGAAUCGACGAAUUUAAAAUCUGUCUAUGACAGUGUAGAAAAGAACGUGGCCGUUUCAUCCAGUGAUGUACCGCAAGUAUUUUCGGAUAAUAUAAUGACUCAUUCUGAUCGGCAUUCUACUGAAAAUCUACUAGACGAAGACACAGUGAGCUCACCUACAGAACCAAAAACGAUGGAAAAUUCUAAUCAACUAUCAAAUUAUCAACAAUUAUUUGAUUCUAAAUUGCAGUACUUUUUAAAUCAAUUUAUUGGAAUGAAUAGCCAUUGGAAAUCUGUACAUCAUUCAGUAGAUACAUUUGAAUCAACAAUGAAUGCUUUGAAUGCACAAAUUAAAAUCAAAUCAACUGAACAAUUUGAUCAGCAUCUACAUCAUUCUAACUGUUCAUUUAAUAUGAAUCAAUCAGAAUCUUUAAAAUGUGACAAAUCCAGUCAACCAUUUCAAACAUUAUAUCCAGACGAUUCAUUCAAAGAAAAAGUUCCAAAUGUGAAACCAUCAACAUCUAUAAAUGAUUGUUACAAUAAUGAUGAAGAAUCGUUUCAUGAAUCGUCACAUCCUCAUAUUUUCAAUUCGUUAGGAUAUUUAAAAAAUUUAAAGUUGAAUAAACCAGCCUGUCUGAAUUUCUCAGUAGAACAAAUUAAAAUGGAUUCGAAAAGCGCCACAAUGUCUGAAUCCAAUGAAAAUGAAGAUGAUAAGGAGGAAGAACAAAUUGACACUCCACAACGUCAUUCAACUGAUUACAAAAGAAAAGAAAUAGCACUAACAAGAAAUAAUGAUAACUGUAAUGAUCUGCAUGAUGAUCAACAUGAUGAUUCGGAUGAAGAUUAUAUUUGUAACAAUCAUUGUGACAAUGAUGAAGUGACCAAGAUCAGUCAUAAUAAAGACAUGUCGAAAAUGAUAACCAUAUUGAAUUACUAUUAUUGGUGGUUACAAUAUAUGUCAAAUGAAUUUUCUCGUGAAAAGCAAUCAGUCAUUAAUGAAUCGAAAGAAUCAGUAUUUAAUAAUUUUCCUUCAUUUGGUUGUUAUACCAAUUUAUUCCCUAAUUGUAAACCUCAUUAUGCUAUAAAUAAAUAUACUAAUCAAUCGAUAGCAAGACCAACAUAG